AUGGCCGCUGAGGACUCCAAAACCUCCGCCGACGUGAUCACUCCCGCUCCUGAGAUACAGAGGGAACAUGACAAGGCAGCUGAGUUCCUGGCCAGUCAUGGAGACACUUCCUUCACCGUCGAAGAGGAGAAAGCCGUGUUGCGCAAGAUCGACAUGCUCACGAGCGUCUUCGGCAUUGUUGAUGAUGCACACCUCGUCGGGAAGCAAUACUCAUGGCUCGGCUCUAUUUUGUACCUCGCACAGCUCAUCAUGCAGCCAGUCGCCGCUGUGCUUCUGGUCAAACUUCCCAAUGGAAAGGUCAUCGCGUCUGCUGUCUUUCUCUGGGGCUCAGCACUUUGCAUCAUGUCUGCCUGUACAAAUUUCGCCUCCUUACUGGGCAUGCGAUUUGUCCUCGGAACAUUUGAAGCCAUGAUUGCGCCGUGCUGUGUCGCUAUCACCCAGAUGUGGUGGCGACGAGGCGAGCAGACACUAAGGACGAGUUCCUGGAAUGCCAUGAAUGGCGUGACAAGCAUUAUCGGCAGCUUAUUCACCUACGGCCUAGGGCAUAUCGAAAGCAAGACCAUGUUCAAGUAUCAGAUCAUCUUCUUGUUUUGUGGGUUGCUCACCGUCGCCUACUCCAUCGUCGUGUUUGCCCUGAUGCCAGACUCGCCAAUGGAGGCGAAGUUUAUUUCAGAGAGGGAGAAAGUCAUCGCCACGGAAAGACUGAGAGCCAAUCAGAUGGGAGUCGCUUCACGGACUUGGCGAUGGGAUCAUGUCUGGGAGACCGCUUACGAUCUCAAAACGUGGUGCUGGUUUAUCGCUAUCCUUGCAAUUUCCAUCUCGAGCGGCGGCAUAACGACGUUUGGCAGUCUAAUUGUCAAAUCUUUCGGAUACUCGAGCUUUCAGACCAUCCUGUUCAACAUUCCCUUCGGAGCGAUCCAGGUGAUUUCGAUUAUAGGCUCUGGAUGGAUAGCUCAAAGAAUUCAGAGGAAGGGGCUGGUUAUCGCAGGAACAUCUGUCCUACCCACCAUUGGAACAGUUCUCCUACUCACGGUUCCAAGACAUCAAAAGGGUGUUUUGUUGUUUGGUUACUAUCUUGUCUCCUGCCUCGCUGCUAUCACUCCUAUGCUAUUCAACUGGCAAGCCGUCAACUCCGGUGGAGACACGAAAAAGAAAUGCACUUCUGCCGUGGUGUUCAUCGGGAUGUGUGCAGGAAAUGUCAUCGGUCCUCUCCUAUACUCCACUGACCAGGCCCCAUUGUAUCGCACGGGGCUAAUCUCCAACCUCAUCAUGUUCGUCUUGGUUGGUGUUAUUUCAGCCGUCAUCCCAUUCUACCUCAUGUUAUUGAAUAAGAGGCAUGCCAAGCGCCGCGAGGAGCUGGGAAAGAGCGCCACCAUCAUCGACGAAUCGAUGAUCAGCAAAAACAAGAUGCAGGAAAGCAAAGCGGUCGAAGUUGAGGACGCGCAGAUUCCACAGCAUAGGACCUUGGCUGAGGACAGGGGAUUGCUCGACUUGACGGACCUCAACAAUGAGGAUUUCGUAUACGUCUACUGA